AUGGCCUCCGAGGACGCAAUCCACGCCAUCACGGCCAGUCUGCCGCCCGCCUCGGACUACAUUACAUACCUGACCAUCCUUGAAUCCCGACUCUCUCCCGAUCUCCUGCCGACCCUCAAUACCCUCCUCCAAGAUGCCGAGUUGACCCAAAACAUUGGCUGGGACCUGAUCCAUAUUCUCCUACCCAUGCCAGGUGCAGAGCUAUGCUUGAACACCAUUGCACGUCUGGGCAACCCUCGAGAGGUCAUCCUAAAGGUCACGGAGGCAUUGCAGCUAUUAGAUCUAGAUUCAACAGAGGUGGAGGACGCGGACGAGGCUUCUUCAGAGACCCCUCGCUCCUCAACACCGAACGAGAUUGACAAGUUCUGUCUCUUGGUUAACCUCCUCUCCAUACUGCAUCCGCGAAUCAAAACAAAAUAUCCCUCCCGAUUCCUCUCGACUUCCCUCAUAGCAAUCCUGUCUGCUUUCCGUCCUUCGAACCAAGCAACUCUUGCAAUUAUCUCAUUUGUUCGCGCAGUAUCUGGGAAGAAGCGGCCACCCCUCCCGGGUCGCGAAUCCAGCCUUAAGAUUCCGACAGCAUCCCCUAGCGCUCAAUCAGACCCUUCAGCCCCAGAUCCAGAAGCGCAAGAUGAGGAACCCGAAGAGGCCGCAAUCCAAAACAAGCUCCUACAGUCAUUCUUGACACAUAUACUGGAAGAUUAUGUGAACGCUAAUCCGUUAGAAUGGGCAGCGAGACUGCAGGAAUCAUUUGAACCUUCCAAGGUUGUGGUCGGUAGGAAGAGCUUAGGUGAAGCCUUCAAGGAGCAGCCUGUUCUCGCAACAAGAGACACUAUCACUGGACAGCUUGUGGCCCUGUUGCGAGACCUGGGUCUCUCCGAUUACAAAGUGCUUUUCGAAAGUAUUUACAAGACCGACUCCAAUCCUUCUGAGAGUGAUGACGAAGACAACUACCCUUCUUCCCCGGGAGCAGUCCCUCUUUCUAAAGCUGGGUCUCUAUUCCUGGUAACUUCUUUGCUCUUCUCCUCGGUCCUAUUUGGCUCGAAAACUCCACAACCGAGCAUCACCAUCUUUCCUGACCAUACAAGGUUGUUUAAGACUUUCAUUCAUAUAUACGAGCCCGAGACCAUCGGUAGCGGACCUACAGGAGUCAUUGAUGCUUUAUUGGCCAUCGGCCUGUGGUUGGAGCACACAAAUAAAUUCGUGUCUGGAGCUCUUGAAGAUGAAGAUUUCCUCCAACACCUCCAAUCACUCUCUCUUCUAUCUGCCACCAACGCAUCGCCAAGCUUGCGCUACGCAUCUCACGUUCUCACAUCAUCGCUUCUUCAUGCACACCCCGUUGAUCGCCUUCGUUUAACUUUUAUCUCUGACACUUUAGAGGAAUGCCCGUACGAAGCUCUGAAAGCAUCUGCCGUAUCAUGGCUUAAAGAAGAAAUCAUUACAGCUCAAGAACGCAAAUCGCAAAAUGUGUUUGCGUCAACUGCGGCUCUCACUGCCACGCAACCAUAUCUUUUUCCUGACAUGUCUUCACUCGGCGAAGUCGCUGAUAAAGAAUUGAUUCAAGAGUUAGCCCAGGCCUUCUCUUUCCACAUGGCAGUUGUAAACUUCCUUUACUUUAUUGGCGGAAAGCAGUAUACGCAUAUUGUUCCACCGGGAAUGAUGUCUAUUGUAGAGGAAAUCUAUUUAGGGCCUUUGAGGCUUGCCCAGAAAAAGGCCUUGACUGCUCUGGACUCUGGCGUUGUGAAAAUCGGACCCGAGGAGGAUAUUCAAAGCAUGAAGCUUGAGUUGCAACUUCUCGGGGAGAGAAUUUCCACAUGCUCUACACAGAUAGAACCAUAG